UGUGCCGGAGAAGGGACAGAGCGAGGGUUUUACAGCGGAGGGGUUUGUAGGGGUGUGAGGAGGAGCCUCAGGGAGAAUCAAGCCGUUGCAAAGGGUCUUGGAGUUGCUGCAGCCGCGGUCACAAUGGGGAGAUCUCGAAGAGCGUUCAAGAAAAGCAAUCCCACAGUGCGCGUUGGCUUGCCCAAGCGCAAGAAUCCCAAGUCCCUUACCCCCGAGACUCUCACGUUUCCAGGAACCGACUCGAAGUUGCAGUGGGAUGGAAAAGCUUCUCUACUUGAAAAUUACAAGUCGAUGGGCAUUUUGGCGAAUCCUAAUGUUGUGGGAGCACGAUCUGGUACACGUCACGUUGUACAGCUAGUGAGCUUGCAGAAGCCGUUGUCAGAUGACGGUAGUGAGGUUUAUGGUAGCGAUGACGAGCCUGAUGAUGUGAAAUCUGUUCUUCACAAAAAGAGAAAAGACGGAAAGAAAGCACCUCUUCAGAGACUAACAACAAUGCAAAGGGUUUACAUUAGUCGACUUAUUUUGAAACAUGGAGAUGACUACGUGGCAAUGUCGAAGGACAUGAAGUUGAAUAAGAUGCAGCACCCACCUGGAGCACUUGGUCAGUUAUGUGAACGGUUUCAGAAGUACGAGAAACUGGCGGACUACACUGAAAAAGUAGACAGUGCCCAGCAAUAAAAGAAGUGUUGCUGAUCAAAUUAUUUUUGCAUUGGCGUGUAUAUCAGCAUGAUUGUUUUUUUACAUCGCUACUGGUGCAAGCCGUUUUUGUGUUACGUCUUGGGUAGCAUUGCAUGGACAUGAUUUCAGACACCAUCGAAUGAAGUUUAUCAAGUGAAGGGGCGAGUUUUGUGCAACUCUCACGAAUGCGGGUGGCACGAGAUUAUCAAUCUGUAACCUCAGUGCAAAUUCACUAUGGAGCAGAAAGUUCAUACUGCAAGUUUUGAUAGCUGAUGGCUGUAAACGCACGUAGAGUAAGUAUUGGCAUGUUUUCUUGCACACUUGAUAUUCAAGUAAAACGGUUUUUCUAUCAUACUCGUCAGCAUGUACUCACUGAAUAAAAGAGCGAUGAACAUGAGUUUUCGUUUAUCAGGUGGCGUGGUAGGAAGAGAUGAUUUUUUUUCCUGAUAGUUUCUGAAAAAAAUAUUUAAAAGUAGCAUGAUGAGUAUCAAAUCAUGUUUUCUAUUAGUUCGAUUGUAACAAAGAUGGACGUCUGCACAGGCUCAACAUGGUGUUCUGCUUCA